CUAUUUGUUAAAGGAAACAAUACAUCCACAUUUACACUGCAGAACGACAGACUCGCUGUUUUCUUUUCAGAUUUUUGGAAACUAUGAUCGCCUUUUUUUGUCACAUCCAGAUGUUUUGUUUUGCUGAAGAGGAGAUGCUGCGGGACUAAGUGAUGUUAAGAAGUAGUUCAGCUGCGAGGGCUCCGAUAUCCAUUAUUGCCUCAAUUACCACCUAGCGCUUUAACGAGACACUGAUUGCCAAUGAUAGGAUCGUAUCGCCUUUCAGGUGCUCUUAACGCGCAGGUGCUGAGCUAACAGAAAGUAUAACGGGGUUUGCUUACAGAGGGAGGAUGGUGGCGAAGAUGGCGAGCUGCGGAACCUCUUGUCACUUGGAGGACGGAGACGGAGAUAUCCCUGCGCCUGAACACAAAGAUAAUCUGACAGAAAGUGACAACAGUAGUUCAGAGAACACAGGAACGUCCACUGAGGACAGCUCAGAGGGAGAGGAGGAAGAUGAAGAGGAGGAUGAGGAUUCUGAAGGCUGCGCUGAGAAGGAUGGUGGAGAGGGAGACAACAAAGAGGCCGAUGCAGAGGACAAACACGAGUCAGACCCUGGGCCUGAAGCAGGGGUUUCAAAUGGGAAAGACGAGAGACACUUUAACAUAUGCUGUGACAAAUGCAAAGCCAUCCAGCAGAACCGUGGCUAUGAGCUUGUUACGCCCAGGAGGAUCACUAAGGGACGAUUACAGGUGCAGCUGGAAGGAGAGGGCACGUAUGAGUGUUCGGUCACCGGCCUGGUGUUUGAAGCAGCGGAGCGGGUGCUUGUGCGGUACUCCGUCCUGUCCUGGUCCAAGUUCGGCGCCUUCCUCCGGGACUCCUGGAAAUUUGCUGGACCCAUCUUUAACGUGGACACAAUCAAUAAGGAUGCGUCUGUCCUCAAGUCCAUCCAGUUCCCUCACUCUGUCUGCCUUGCCGAUCCAGAAAAUGAGAUGAUAUUCAGCGUCCUGCACAUAAAGGACAACCGUCCACUCAUCGAGCCGACAAUGGACCACUCAGGUAGCCAUGUGAAGUGGAAUGUCACAUCACUGUCACCCGUGGGUCCCAUCAUUCAGACGAGCCAAUCUGUAGAGCACCACGGGGUGGUCCUGGUCUACAAGCAGCUGGGCGGUGACAGCAACAACAAUUACAGCUUCCACGUCUACCUGGCCACCAACAGUUCAUCUGACAUUAAGGAUGUAAACAAACAGGUGCGGGGCUACAAGAAUCGUUACAUUCAGAUAGACAAGCCUCCCACAUGUAAACUGGAUGAGGGGACGUAUCGUCUCAUGAGCGAGCCAGAGGGAGACAUCAAACCUCAGGAUUUGAAAUUCACCCUUGCUGUGACUAAGAUGAAGGGCUACUUUGAAGCUUUCUUUGAGCAGCCUCCUCCCUUUAAACUGUGUCUCAUAGAGAUUAACACUGAGGAGACUGUGUGGUCCGCAACCAUCAGAGAAGGUGACUGUGUGGAUAACACAGAAAAAAAGGCAAGGAAAAGGACAAACAGCAGACAGAGGAGCAGCAGCCCCUCAGAAGAAGAAACUGCCUGUAAAAGACCUCGAUGGCAGGACGAGUCAGAUGGAGUCAAAAGAGUGAUGACUCUGGGCCAGGACAUGUCUGAGAAGCAGCUACUGCAGGUGGCCAAGCGGCUCGGGAAGGAGUGGAAGCAGGUGGCCAUCUAUCUAGACCUGAACUCCAGGGAAGUGGACGAUAUCCAGGCAGCAGAGAAAGAUGUGACCAUGCAGAAACUGAAGAUGCUGGUGGAGUGGAAGAGCAGAAGGAGGCCAGGAGAGGCCACGGCGCACCACCUGUGGAAAAGUGUGGAGGAACUGGAUGACUUGCCAAAUGAGGUCCAUCAGACACUGCACGAGAUGAUGAACAAUCGAGCAGCUAAGUGAAAGGCCACCAUCUGGAAGAAAACUAAAUCUCAGGAAUACAACAAAGUAGAGUCGAUCUACGAACCAAACAUCAGCUCUCAGUUUGUGUUUCUCCUUUGUACGACAUACCUAGACAUGAAACUGACUGAUGGGCUUCUGUCCUGCGGCAUUACAUGAAAGGGGCCAUUGUUUAUCUUUCAAUGGGCACUUUCCCUCAUUUAGUUCAAAGUUUGUGUAGCCAGAAUUUGAUGCUUAGAAUUAUCAUGUUCAACAAUAACCACGAGGUAAAGAGGUGUAGAGGUGUAGAGGUUGUUGAGAAUAUUUAGUAGCUAAUCGUGUAGCCAGUAACACAUGUAAAUGUAGGUGCUGCAGUGUUGAAACUGCAAAAAAUGGGAAAAAUCCAACCUGUGUCUUGUUUCACUUUUAAAUGUUAUGUUUGUGGGACUUUUUAAAAAACAAGUAGGCAUUACAUCACAUGCACAUGCUUGUGACUGUCCAAAAACAUCUUGGAUGUUUUUUCAAUUACGUUUUUAUAUCUGCAGAUUUGUGCAUAUUUGUAAAUCUCUUUUUUUUACCAACUUUUUCAAACCUGUGAUCUAUUUUUCUACUUUGUCUGUUUAUGCCUAUUUGUGCUGAACCUGUAGAACUAAACUGAGUCAUCUAAUUAUGUUUAUUUUGUUUAACUUGAAUUAUGAACCCAUUCCUGCUCUCACGUGACUAGAAUGCUCAUUUUGAGUUUUGUUAAAGUGUAAAUGUUGUUUGUUUGUGUGUAUUACAAAAGUGUACACUGUUGGGGAAAAAAAACAAAUCCUAAGCAUUUGGAUUCAGGGCUUCAUUUAAGUAGUCUACCUGCAUGAGUGCAGCUACAGCCUAGCAACAUUCAUAUAUUUUUUUAAGGCGUAUUUCAUAUCUGUAGAGGUUAGAACAGUUAACGAAAACAAAAUAUACUGUAAGAUGCCUCUGGACAUAUUUUAAAUGUUCUCAACAUCCAUGCAUUAGUGACAGAUUUGUUUCUCUUUUACCCGUUGCCAAAUGACACUGUUUCUAGAUAACACUAUUUGGGAAAAGCUGUAGAAAUGGCAUCUGAAAUGUCGAAUGUUUUAGGGUUGUCCAUGCUGAUAUUAUGCAGUAAUACCACCAACAAUCCAGUCCGUCCUUUUUGCACUUGGUUUCUAUCCUAUCUGAGUCCCUCCGAAGAACUGUGGAAUAAAUGUUGACUGAAUUACAAAA